UUUUUAUAUUUUUACGAACACUUCUCUCGUUAUCUAUCAAAUGACAUCUCGUCAAACUCGGUAACGGAAUGUUGCGGAGGUUAUUUCACGUUUGUUGCGUACUAUAGAACGUUAUUGAAGUUUCAACAAGACCAUUAUGGAGACUCAACCGCUGAAACCGCCUGAAAAGCCACCGCCGUACUCAGUCGCGACAGCUCCGGCAGUGAAUGCGUCAUGGCAACCACCGCCCGGAUACUAUCCUAGUAACAGCGACGCUGGCUACCAGGACAACUACGUUCCAUCGUACGGCUCUACGCACUCCACGACUGUCAUUGUUCCAGAGAUUAUCCUGGUUGGUGGAUGCCCAGCGUGCAGGGUUGGUGUGAUGGAAGAUGAUUACUCGUGCCUUGGUCUGCUCUGUGCGAUCCUUUUCUUUCCGAUUGGGAUCCUGUGCUGCUUGAUGUUGAAGACGAAACGCUGCUCAAAUUGCGGAGCUUACUUCGGUUGACUGAAGAUAGGAACUUACUGUUAAUUAUCUAAAUGCGAUAAAUAAGUCACAUUUGGUAAUAUUUUUGCAAUAAAGUGUGUUAGUAGGCAUCUGCAAGAGAUUUUAGGUGAAGAAGGGACGGAACGGUGAAUCAAACUCGUAAACAAUAAUGAUUAGUUAAGAUGGCAGUCUUCAGAUAUAUAUAUAUAUAUAUAUAUAUAUAUACAUAUAUAUUUUGUUGUAACUUCCUUUUUAUCAUGUGAAGAGAGUUUUAUUGAGGUCUAGCUUUAAGUGUAUCACUGGUUGCGUAUUUUAGUUAUUGCUCUCUGUUAAUUAGUCUUGUCCGGCUGAUUUAUUUAUUCCUGCAACGACAGUACGACGUCUUCUUUUCGCAUUAACUUGAGAAAAGCGAGUAAUUUUGUGCUCUAUAUGCAUGUAGCGUAUAUGUAUCUACAUACAAGUGAAAAUUCCAAGAUUAUAUAUUUUGAUAAGAGUUAUUGUAAAACGUUGAAUAUACAAUCAUUAAAAUUGUUAUUCAAGUAAGAGUUCAUGUAAGGAUUUGUUAAGUCUGUUCUCAAUAAAUUAAUUAUACAUCUCCAA